CAAGAUAUCCAGCCUAACUUAAUAAGACCCCUUGUGACCGAAGAGGUGAUGCUUUGUGACCAUAUCUUAGACCUUGACUGGCGAGGAUUUCCAGUACGCCUCUCUACUGUUAAAGGCCUGGCUAAUUCCUUGCCAGCUACUCGCAACUAUAAGCCUGUUAGCCAAAACUAG